AUGCCCAAUUCCAAUAGCGUAACUGUUCUAUAUUUCAUCAUAUUUUGUAAUAUAUUGCUGCUUUCGGCACUAGAAUAUGAAGACGAUAAUGGUUAUCAGCAAAUAUUGAACAGGCAACAACAUGCGCAAAAUAAUAGUUCUGUACUGAUAACAAAAUUACUUAAUAUUAAUCAAAGAAUUUCAUCAACAUUAUCUACAACGGAAGCGCCACAACAUGGCUUCAAAAUUAACCAAAGUUUAGAAUUAGAAAAUAGUAAGCAACAAAAAAGUGAAGACCAAAGUUUUAAUGUUAAGAGUUCACCAAAGCCUAAGUAUGUUAAUAAAGGUGCUGACAAGAAGUCAUCGCUGAUUCUUCGAAAAAAUUUGAGCUUGACUCAGUCAAAGCUUGUUGAAGAUGGAAAUUGGAAGUGCCCAAAUAUCACAGAUAAUCGUAGUCUAGAAUGUGGCUGUGAUGUUCCAUUAACACUUCGAUGUUCAGGUGCAGAUGUGCAUGCAUUGUCCUUAAUUGCUGAUGCAAUUAGAACAAGUACCUCAGUUGUGUCUAUUCUAGACUGUACACUCCGAAAUGUCACCGUACUUAAUGAAGCAAGAGUCUUUGAGAAUGUCUCAUUGACUGGACUUUUCAUCUCAUCUGGAGAAAUUAAGCGACUUCAUAGACUUGCAUUUAGUGGACUUAAAACACCUCUACAAAUUCUUGGAUUACCAAAUAAUGCUCUCACAUCUGUGCCAUCAAAUAGCUUACAACAAUUGACCUUACUCGAUCGUCUAGACUUGUCCAAUAAUGAUAUCAAGAUGCUGUCAUCAUCAGACUUUAUUGCACUACAGAAAUUAACAUAUCUUGAGCUUAGUGAGAAUCAAAUAUCAUCAAUAUCGCAAAAAACGUUUCUACCACUCAAAAAUCUAGUCACCUUAAAACUGAAUGGAAAUAAACUGGGUAAUUCACCAGGCAGCUUGAAGACACUCGCAGAAUGUGUUAAUUUGCGAGAAUUAGACCUCAAAUCUAAUUUAAUUAAAGGUUCAUUAAGCUCUGAAAUGCUCCCGAUUCUCAAAGAACUUGAAACAUUUAAUUUGGAACGAAACUCAUUCUCAAGUAUUCAGCGGGAGACUUUUAAGAAUUAUCCAAAGCUUCUGUCACUUACAUUGAACCACAAUCAGAUUGAUGUCUUAGCUGAUGAUGCAUUUUUCGGACUAAACUCUCUUCAGACUUUAGAUUUGAGUUAUAAUGGAAUUGUUGCUGUGUCUGAAGGUUCUCUCAAGCAUAUGAAUCGUCUUGUUCUUCUUGACUUCACACACAACUUUUUAAGGGCAAUUACGGCUGACAUUAUAUCACCUCUUCCACAGCUUAAAGAGCUUAGACUUGAUGGAAAUGAUAUAGCGAUUAUCGAGAAGAAUGCCUUAAUAUCAGCAAAAAAUUUGAAAAUUCUCUCAUUACGCGAUAAUCCACUAGCAUGCGAUUGUAAAUUACAAUAUUUCGCUGAGUGGCUGUCAAAUACAACUCAAAUUUCUGCAAAUGAUUUAAUGGCAUUUUGCAAGACUCCACCGUUCCUUGAAGGUGCUCAACUGUCACAGCUUGAAAUUGAGAAGCUUACAUGUGCUGAAAUUAAUCACAUGGAAUCGGACACAGAUGAUCGGAUUAUGCAACAAAUUAACAGCAUUUAUGUAGAUUUUCUCGACAAUUUCACACUUGUUAAUUCAAGUUACAACAUUAAGUUCCUAGACUACAAUUUCACAACUCCAAACAUUCUCAAUCUGAAUUGGAUGAUUCAGCUCAAAAAGACACUCGAUUUUCAUUCAUUGGUUGUCUUUGAGGGAGCAGACAUAAGGAUGCGACUUGAUAGAACAAUGGUUUCAUAUCGUUCCAUAAUGUCGACAUCAGAUGAUGAGGAAUUUCUUGUGUCAAUUCCACCAAAAGUUCCACUCAAUUUAGGAAAUUCUUAUGAAUUCUGCAUGAUAUUUUCAGAAGACAAUUAUCAAUUCUUUGUCGGAUGUUCAAGUAGCUUCUUAUUAAUACCACAGCAUGUAAUAACAGUUGAUUUAAACUCAAGAGUCUUGCAGUCGUCAACCCACGAAUCGGACAUCGCAAACUUUGAUGUCAUUUCUAAUAAAAAAGAUGAACAAGUUUAUAUGAAUGACGAUACGAUGAGAUCAACGAGCUACUCGACAAUGAGGAAUGAUUUUAAAAAUGUCAAAAGAAUAGAUCCUAUACAUGAACAUGAUGAUUCUAUUGAUGUGUAUCCGAGUGAAGGAUAUUAUAAUACAUUAUGGCCUAACUUAAGUCUUAGCUUCUUAAUUAUUUGUAUGUCAAUAUCUAUAAUUUAUAUUCUAUGGAGUAAAUAUCGUUACUAUUAUAAGCACACAAAUCAUUCAGAUACUAGCAUAUCACCCUCGUACUCGGAUGAUUCCAUCAAUACCCAACCUGAGGAUGAAACUCAUACAAACAAAUAUGUAAAGUUACAAGCUACAACUGCACUCUAGCUUAACUUUUUUGUGAUUUAUUUUUAAUGCUAAUUCAAUGAUUGUAAAGAGUCAAUAGAUUUUAAGGACAAGAUUUGUAAAUUAUUAAAAAUUGUUUAUUUUUUUUUAUUCUUUGUGUAGAUAAUAUUGAACUUAAUUUAAUAAAAUGUUUGAUUUUAUAGUAUUUUUAUGAACA